AUGGAAAAUUUAGUAGAUUCCUCAACCAAGGACGAAGUGGGAAAUACUGAUUUGAGCCAAUUAGGAUGUGUAAGAAAGAGUUUACUAGCAAAAGCAAUACAAAAGGCAGGGGCUAAAAAUAUAAAAGCUGGUAGAGGAAAUCCGAUUAUGCAAGAUUUAGUUAAAAUCCAUGAAGACUACAAAAGCAAAUCAAAUGAGAUAAAGACUAAAAUAAAUGAUGCUAAGGGUACUAAGGAAGUGCUUGAAGAAAAUUAUGACACUGUGCCAAAAACUCAAAAGAAAAUCGAAUUAAUUGAGCUUGAACGUAAAACUGUAUCCCCUUUAAAAUAUAAACAAAAAUCUCCAUCAAAAACGGUUGGACCUGUUGCCAAAGUUAAUUUAAAGCCUAAAGAGCCCCAAUCAAAUAGAUCAAGACCAUUUUCUCCAGAGCGCUCACCUAACUCUCCUCAAGUAAAAGCAGGUUUUACUCACAAAAGAAAUCAAACACUCCCUAAUUCUCAGCCAUUAAGUAUAAACCUAUUGAAUCCUUCUGAUAGUCCUAAAUCUAGUGUUUAUUCAAGAAAAAGUUUAUCCCCAAAACCUAAAAAGGAAAAACCUAUUUCACUCGUCAUUUUAGAAAAAUAUUUUUCUGACGUUUGCAAAUCAAUAGCUUCAACAACUGAAAUUAAUGAAAAUUUGUUAAGAAAGGCUAGACAAAUGAGGGUUGUACUCGAUGAUUGUUUGGAGGCAAUACCUGAUUUAUCUUUAAAUUUCUACUCUUUGAUGGAAUCAUCUAUUAAUGAUAUUCAAAAAAUUGCUAUAAGCAACGACAAAGCAGAUUAUAGAGCUUUAGCUAAUAAAUUAUUACAGCUAGCAAGUGAUUUAGAUGAAAAUAAUAUAAUAUAGCUUAUCCACCAUUAUUAAUUCCCAUUGUGAGCAUAUAGCCCUUUCAUUGGACUUCACGAACUAUACAAUAUAUUGUCUUAACUUAUGAAAAUUUUUAAUUUGCAAAAUGUUUAGCUGAUUUUAAAAUUAAAUCUCAUUAAAAAUUGGAUUAUUUUACUACUAAUUUAUUUAGACUUGGAUGAAAUAAAAGUUAUUUUCAAUGAAAAAGCCUCGAAUUUUUGAGCUGGCUAAAAUAUCAAAUUCAGCAUAAACAAUAUUUUUCAAAAAAUGCUUAUAAAGGAAUUAUUUAAAGCAAGAAUUAAUUAUUUUAAAGCAAUUAAAAUUUAUAUAAAUAUUGAAUAAUUCUUAUAGCAAUAAGAAAUCUGACCUAAUUUAUAUUGUGCAUAAAGCCCAAUGAAACGGUUAUAUGCUCAUAAUGGAAAUCUAUAAAGGUGUAUGAGCUAUAUCAUCUGCGGAGCCUGCAUCUCCAAGAAAGCAGCCAGAAGAAGUUCCACAAUCAGAAAAUUUAGCUGAAAUUGCUGUUGAGCUAAAGCAAAAAAUUAACAGAAUUACUCCACGAGUCAUUAAUAUUUGGCAAAAAAUCCUUAAUCCAGGUAAUAAUAUUAUUGAUUCAAUAUGCACAUCAUUUCUCUUGCUUUUUUCUGAAGUAGACAAAACCAUUUCACUCCCAAGCAGCAAAGCAAGAGAUAGCUCUGCUGUUAAUUCUAUGCAAAAAUAUGCCAAAAACCCAGGAAUGGUUGUCCAAACAACUAGGCAGAUUUUUUAUUUUAUUGAAAACGAGAUGAUUUCUUGCAAAAUCAUCAAGAAAAUUAAACAAAUGCUGGAUAAGUUUACUGUUGAUGAUGUAAAAGCCACUGAUAGGACGUUAACUGCUUUUAUUUUAUAUGAAUUUUUGAGAACUGCUAUCAGAUUUUAUGAAGCUUUUGCAACAGCUCAUUAUGGCCCUACAAUAAAAGAAGAAAAAAAUCAUAAAAUUGACGGAUUUAAUACAGAAAUAAAAGAAGUUCCUAAGAUUGAAUUUAAAGAAAACCAGUCAGAAAUAUAGGGCUUUUCCUUGAAUAGCCCGAUAGCAGGAUGAAGCCAGCCCGUUAUCGGAUAUUCAAGGGAAAGCCCUAUAAUUAAAAUGAGAAAAUCUAUAGAGUUAGGCGACCAAGAUUUCUCAAAUUCUACAAUGGAAAACAAUUUACCGAGAUCUCAGUGUGUACAAUUUUCUUCAGUGUCAGUUUCCAGACCUGAUAUUGAUGAAAUGAUUAAUAAAGUGUCAAUGCUUAUCGGUGAUUUCCGAAAAUCUCCUUCUCCUUUGAGGAUGUCAGAUAAAGCAGGAGUGCAACGGAGCUACUCUGAUGCAAAAUUACAAUUAAAUCAUAGACCUCAAUUUUCAAGCAAAGAUUAG